GUAGGUGGAUGGUUGGACUGGAUGAUCUUGUGAGUCUUUUCCAACCUAGCUAAUUCUAUGAUUCUAUGAUUUUGUUAGUAAUGUUAACAAUAACUUGCAGGUCCCGGAGUCUCUAAAAAUAAAAGUGCUCUUUCUGGUUGAGACAGCCUUUGGAUACCUGCUCUGUAUUGCAGACCACACUCAAAGGAGAGCUGUGCGAGAAGUCAGACCCAGGGGACUGUGGUGCUGAUUUCUGGCCUUCCUGCUCCUCUGGAAGCUUUGCUCUGAGUGUACGCGUCUGUUUCCAGAGCCGUGCUGCAGUGCCAAGCUCACUUGCUGUGCCUGAUGUGGCUGCACAGCACACUUCUCUGCUGGGGCUGCCAGGUGCUCCGCGGAGGGGCUGCCUGCCAUUGCCCUUUGGAGGUGCUACUAGGAGAAGGCUUAGAAUGGUUCUGAAAACAGCCUCCUGGCUGUGGUGUGUGAAAGAGCUGCUUUGUAGCUGUUCAGCUUUGUUUCAAAUUUAGUUUUUAAAAAGUGCAAAUGUACGUUUAGGAAAAUAAACGUGAAUGUUUAUUCACUGGCACAUAAAUCACCUGGCUGAUUUGUGUGCUGAGUCUGCUGCACGUACAGAUUCUUGAGGGGGGUAGCUGUGUUUUAAUUUUUCUUUGAAAUUUAACAGUAAAUAAGACAGUUUUCCAUGGAAAUAGCUUAUCUUUUCCACAGCACGAAGAGCCAGAUCCUGGGGGGUAAAAAACCAUCGGCCAUUGAAAUAUGUGCAGUAUUGUGAGAUGUCCUUAGCAGAAUGUGGUGGCAGGGGCAGUGCCCGGUUGGGAAAGACACCUUGUGAGUCAACAGAAAGUCCUGGAGGCUGAUGAGAAGGGACAGCCCAGUUUUACACAGCCUGGCAGGAGGACAGUGCUGCCCUGAGAUUAGGGGAUUGAGCAAAAAGCCGGCGUGCCGAACUGCCGUUUUUAUAUAAUGGCUUUAGCAAACAUCCUCUAGGACCCAGCGGAAAUGCUCGGGGAGGCAAACUUGGGGAUUAAUGGCCAAUCAUCGAGCGUGGUGAGGGAACGGCUCCCGGGGAGAAGCCUCUGAGUGCCCGUGUGGAACGGGGCUGCGGCGCUGGUGUCGGGGCGCUUCGAUGCUCAGAGCUGGGGGCAGCUGUGCCACGGGGGGGUACGGCCGCGCAGCGUGUUCAGCUGGGCCCGGCAGGAUGCCUCACUUUGCAAAACUGCUUCUGUUAAUCUUCUGCUUGGUGCUGCUCGUGGAAAGCAGGAGGCACAGGAGGAGGAGGUGGACGAGCCAGCUGGAGCUGCAGAAGGCUGGUCACAUCUACAGGAAGAACCAUGAUGUGACCAAAACUCGGAAGGGAAAGACAGAGCAGCUUCUCAGAGUUGAUGACCAUGACUUCACCAUGCGGCCAGCUUUUGGAGGCCCUGCAAUUCCUGUUGGGGUGGAUGUGCAAGUUGAAAGUUUGGACAGUAUUUCCGAGGUUGACAUGGACUUCACCAUGACUCUGUACUUGAGGCACUACUGGAAGGAUGAGCGUCUCUCAUUUCCCAGCACCACCAACAACAGCAUGACCUUCGAUGGCAGGCUGGUGAAGAAGAUCUGGGUCCCAGAUGUCUUCUUUGUGCACUCCAAAAGGUCCUUCAUUCAUGACACAACCACGGACAAUAUCAUGCUGCGAGUGUUCCCCGAUGGUCAUGUCCUCUACAGCAUGAGGAUCACAGUGACAGCAAUGUGCAACAUGGACUUCAGCCGCUUCCCCCUGGACUCUCAGACGUGUUCUCUGGAGCUGGAAAGCUAUGCUUACACUGAUGAAGAUCUGAUGCUGUAUUGGAAAAAUGGGAAUGAAUCUCUGAAAACAGAUGAGAAAAUUUCUUUGUCUCAGUUCUUGAUACAAAAAUUCCACACUACAUCAAGACUGGCUUUCUACAGUAGUACAGGUUGGUACAAUCGUCUCUACAUAAGCUUCACUUUGCGCCGACACAUCUUCUUCUUCCUGCUCCAAACCUACUUCCCCGCCACUCUGAUGGUCAUGUUGUCCUGGGUGUCCUUCUGGAUUGACCGCAGGGCAGUCCCUGCCAGAGUCUCUUUGGGGAUCACCACCGUGCUGACCAUGUCUACGAUCAUCACUGGGGUGAACGCCUCCAUGCCCCGCGUUUCCUACAUCAAAGCAGUGGACAUUUACCUCUGGGUCAGUUUUGUGUUCGUCUUCCUUUCAGUGCUGGAAUACGCAGCAGUGAAUUACCUGACCACAGUGCAAGAGCGGAAGGAGAGGAAACUCCGGGAAAAGUUGCCUUGUACAUGUGGGAUACCUCAUUCAAAAACUAUGAUGCUGGAUGGAAACUACAGUGAAUCAGAUGCCAACAGCCUGGCAGGUUACACAAGAAGCCAGAUGGUCCCAGAAGAAGAAAAACAAGAAAAGAUGGUUGUGCACUUAUCCAUGAGCAAUGCUUCUAAUUCAUCAAGGAAGAGAGGCCUGAAAGGCCACAUGGGCUUGCGCAUCAUCCAGAACACUCAUGCGAUUGAUAAAUACUCCAGAUUAAUAUUUCCAGGCACUUACAUAUUUUUUAAUUUGAUAUAUUGGUCUGUAUUUAGCUAGGCAUGCUGGCACAGCAGUGACUGAAGCAAAGGAGUUACAAAACUUUCUUUGUUGGUACUUUCUGAAGUCCAGUUUGGGUGCAAAUGUGUUAAACUGAUAAUUUUACUGCUGCUUCGAAGGAUAAAGGGGAUGACACCUCCAACUAUGGGCAGCUCCAUGCACAGGCACCACGGAGGAACUUGUUGUGCUGGUUGCUCUCCAACCCACACUCCAACUCUUGUUGGCUUUGUGGUACAUGCUGUUUCUCAUACUUGAAAAUACGUGCUCUCUGUUUGCCCAAAAGGUGCUGUACAUAUGUUUGAGGCUGUCAGUGUUGGAGGUGCAAUGGACUACCACAGACUGUGCUGACUGUCCUGCGGGAUUAGACAUACGCAACAUUAGACAUACACGACAUUAGACAUACAUAGAAGAGGGACACGAACAACAAAUCUCCUGAAAGGGUUUGCAUCAUGUUUCUUUCCAUUAACUUAUGAAAAAGACAUCUUUUUAGGGUCCAAACUGUGUUCUUUCUGGACAGGGCCUACAUUAGUACCAGAAGGAGCACUGGCUGGCCGAAGCGCUGGUGGUAUGUUUGUGUGGGUGGUCUUUUUAUUUUGAGAUGUGAAGUAAGGAUUGAUGAUAAAGCAGAGCAAAGAAGCCCACAAACUCACAGAAGAUGUCUCCCAGGGUGCAUGGGUAAUAAAACCAGGGAGUUUUAGAGUUUAAAUGUGUUUCCAUACAACAUGAGUGCAGCAUGUGACGUGCAGUUCUAGCCUUCUCUAAAAUGAGAUGUGAAAGUUGUGUGUAGCAUGCAUGGUCACCAUAUGGGAAUGGGCGGCAUCUCUGGGACCCAGCACUUUCUCCAGAAGCAGAAAACUGUUGAGGUCAGUGCUGAUAGUGUUCAAAGACUUUCCUCAUCCCUGUGAGGAAAGUGCAGCCCACAGAGAAACUGUAUAUCCCAAUCAACACACUGCCCUUUUGUUUAGAGUUUUUGGAUUGGGGGGGAGAAAUACUUGCCAGAAUGUCUUUCUGCAGAAAUAUAGGCAUGCCAGAGGUUGAAGUGGCCAAGAAUAAUACUGUGGGAUUCAAUGAAACUCUCUCUGACCUCUGGCUCCAAGGUCAAUGUAAACCCUUUGAAGCAGCUGGAGAGCAUUGUAACAAGCCUUGGUACUCGGCUUUUCAUUUUUCAUCCCAUUAUGUCAGCUGAAAAUGCUGAGAGCAAAACCCAAACCUUUCUACAUUAUAGCAACCAGGCAAUGUUGGCCAGGUUUGCACACUGUUUUUUUCUGAAAAACAUCAUGGUUUUCUAACUGUGGAAGAGAGUUUGUUCAUCAAAGUGUUUGACAUCAAGCUGAAAUGCAGCAGAAUGGACGGAGUCUGAAGCACAAAGACCCAGAACUGAAGUUUGACGCUGAUUCAAUGAUGAGAUUCAAUAAUACAUGUGACGAGGUUUGGGACAUGAAAAUUUGACUAAAUCACAUUAAUGUAGUGAAAAAACAAUCAAUCAAAAAACACAAGUAAAACUAUAAUUAUUUGCUGGUAUGUGGAUUUUUCUACUUCACACAGCAGUAAAUCUUGCAUCUGAAAUCUCAAGGGACAAAGAAGUGGGCUGGGAAUUGCCACCUCCAGACUGUCAGCAGCACCCAGAAUUUUCUUUGUGCCUCAGUCACACCAAUGGUCACACUGAUUUACUGGAAACAGAGCUGAUCAGAGAAACUGAAAUGAGAAACUAUGUUUCCCUUUCAUCAGCCGCAUUAAUAACUGGCAUUAAUGGAGUUCUGUGUAGAUGUAAAAGUAGGAAAGUAUGGCCUUGAAAUCACUGGAGAGAAGGGGAGCCAUGGGAGGGCAGUGUCUGAGAGGAAGGCUCGUCCUGCAUCCCAGCCAGACAUUUCUCUCCUGAGCCAUCAGGUUCAUGCAUUUACCACUCAUCCCCCUUGAAGCUGAAACCUGGAUAGUUUUUGCAUCAACAGGUGAAGAAGACUGUAUUAAAGAGACAAAAACCAUUAAAGAAAGAGCCCUCUCAACUUUUGAGAAGUUAAAACCUGGAUGUGACAGGAUGGACCUCUUCAGUAUUAGCAGCUUUGAGCAUGAGACAGUGAGCAGUGUGGUGCUGAGGCAAUCAAGUGGAGCCAGCAGAGACCUUUGCUGUGGGACGAAUGCUGCUGGAGCCAGUGGGGCUGCACUGCUGGGAACUGGGACCGCAGCCCUGGUGCUGCCAUCUUCCUACACGACCCAUGCACAUGGGUUCAGCCUCCUAGUGCCUCUGCUUCUCCAUCAGGAAGAUGGGGAGCAAUGACAUCUACCUACCUCAGGAGGGGACGAGGGGUUUAACUGACUUACGGAGUGCAUGUAUGGAGCAUGGUUAUGAUUUUUGAGCAGGACUACCUUACUGUUAUUGUAUAUGCUUGUGUACAUGACUGAUGGAGUGGUGUGUACUGGAAUGUUCACAUCUGUUUCUAUGACAUGUAACAUCAUCAUGGAGGGUAUAUUUCCACUAAAGAAAAACAAAAUCUCUAUCUUGAGCACAACUUACAAUUACUACUCAUUAAACAAUAGAUGAAAAAUAUAGAUGUGAAUUAAACCAAGACAUCUGUCCCUGUCCGGUUAUGAAUUGUGUUCUUCUGAUUAUUAGGAGGAGCCUGACUAGACAGAAAGCUAGAGCAAAUGUUAAAGUAUAUUGAGAAGUAAUUCCAGCUCUCAUCUCUCCUGGGUUACAAAAGACUUCAUGAGCAUGAACUUACAGCCACAAGAUCCAACCAAUGUUUUGAAAGGUAGUGCCUGAAGCCAAGCUCUGACAACUGUGCUAUGGAUGCAGCCCAGUUCCGUAAAGCACUGAGCAUCUGGACAAUUAACCUACCAAAGGACAGGUUUUUCAGAAGUGCAUAAGGGAUUUGGGAAAAUAAAGCCUACUGAUGAUACGCCAUCCCUGUGUAACCCAGUCCAACUGCAAGGAGACAGAACGUCAGUCCUGCUCCUUCUAUGUCUGCCUGCAUCGUAUUCUUACUUACUUCUGUCUAACCAAAUCAUGUAUUUAAAAAAAACAAAACAACCCACAAUGUAUAUAUAUAUAUAAAUAUAUAUACACAUA